GUACUUGACGCUGACUACAGUUGUUCUUGUUGUGCUUCAGUUGAAUAUUUUCACAUUUUCGAUUUCGUUUCCAAACAGACACGCGUGUUUUGUCAAUAAUUUCCACCCCAACACACAAUUUUCACCUCUGACACUAAUCCUAAAAACUUUUUCGCAAAUUUAGACACCCUCAAAAAAGUACAAAAAGACUUCAAAAUUCACCAAAACCGUAUAGUUUUGCUCAACCCCGUGUGGCUGUGGAUUUUCGCCAGUGCUUGGAUAGAUAUUUUGUGAGAAAAUUUAGAACCAGAGUUGCCUAAAUUCUAAAGUGACUUUUCUGUGAUAAGGCUGCAACAUACAAGUGUGCUUCCAAACGGCUCCUUCUAUUUUCACAGUCAGGAGUUGCCAGUCGCCAGCAACUUUCGGGAGUUGCGAUGCGAUCGCCGCCAACUGUUGCCGACGUCGCGAGAUGACACCGCGAUGAGCGAGGGAGGCGGAGAUCCGCCCUUUGGGGGGGGCCCCACCUCCUACACCCCCUCCUCCACGGUGCCCGACAAGGGCUUGCCCCCGUUCAGCUCGUUCGGGGGCCCCGAGCCCGGAGGCGGCCAGGACACCACGGGGUACGAUCCUCCCCGCCUGCUCGAACUGUCCGGCUGGGACUACUAUGGGGAGGGACUUUCGGGGAGGUUGGUGGAGAGGGGAGACGGGUUUCCCCUACUACUCUCCCACCAACCACAGUACCGUCCCUGGGAAACCAACAAUGAAAAGUCUGAUGGGUUUUCCCCAGAUAAACUACCAUCUUUUCAGUCCCAGUUCAAUUCUUUUCCACCUGCGUCGGAAGGUGACACAGUUUCAUUAGCUACCCUAGCUCCAGCAUCUCCCACUUCGUCAUCUUCACCCUCAGGGUUGCCCAGUUUCCACACGCUCUCUGCCGUCAAUGUGAAUCCUAGGGGAUAUCCCCUAGUUCCAGCCCCGGUGCAAGCCAGGGAGAUCCCCGCCAUUCAACAACAGUUCCUGGAUGAACGUCACAUCCACCUCUUCCAGAGUCCCCCGGGACAAUACCACCCCACCGCCUACCACCCUGCACAAGCCCCGCAACAGGCUGCACUACUCACCGUCGUCAAAACUGAACCAGUUCUGGUGGCGACCCAGUUACAACCGGGGGUGUAUCACCAUAACAACCUGAUGAUGGACACCCGUCUGGAAGCAGCCCAUAAACCCGACGAGUCAAGACUGGACUCGCGGAAGAAAGAGCGCCGGAAAGCGCGAGCGUCCUCGCUUGAAUCCUCCAACGAGUCGGACGGAGCCGGGUCGUCCAGUGUUGAAUCCUCGGGUCAAGUCGCGGCGGUAUCCUCAACCGCGGGGUUCAAGUCGCCUCCCGUCACGCACUCGGUGAACCAGUCAGACCCGUCCGGCGCCGAUCCGAGCAUGAUGGACAACGGAUCCGACAAACCGGUCAAGAAAAAGCGGAAGCGGUGCGGUGAGUGUAUCGGUUGCCAACGGAAGGACAACUGCGGCGAUUGCGCCCCCUGUCGCAACGACAAGAGUCACCAGAUCUGCAAGAUGCGGCGCUGCGAGAAGCUCACUGAGAAAAAGCACCUUCUGUACCUGAACCAUGGAGAUUUUCCAAGAGCAGAAAGAGGGAGAGGGAGAGGAAAAGGAAGCCGAGGGGGAGGAGUCAGUAGAAAUACUUACCGAGGCAAGCUGUCAGCUGGAGGUACCCCCACCAGAGGGCAAACCCCCCCUCAGACGACUGUACCCCUAAAUGGUUCCAGUGAUCCUAUGAUGGCCGGUCUACAAGACCAUCAAACCACCCCAGCCGGAGUAAUGCCUUUCUACGGCACCCAGCCCUCUACCCCGACGGGACUAGUGGACGGAAGCGGUUUUGCAACCCCUAUUCGCGCGGUCGAUCAGCACCGCUUCGCGCCCCAGACCGCUGCCGUCUGGCAGACCACGGGCACCGCAGACCCCUCCACACUGGGGGCCACCUGGACCCCGCAGGGUCCCCAGUUCAUCCAGCAGAUAGCGCCCUCACCGAUCGACGAGAUUCGCUACCAUCACACGCAGUAUUAUCAUCAGACUCCGGGACCCGCUCCCCCUGCACCCGCUCCUGUACCCGGCUACCAGACGCAACCGCAACCGCAGCAGACUGCGUUUCUGACGCAGACAAAUGGCGGCUACCCGCCGCCGACUGCGGCCACACUUCCGCCGCAAGCAUCGCCGUUGACAAAUGGCGGCGCCACCGCCAUUGCCACACCUGUCGCCGUUAACGGCCGUCAAAAUGGCACCACUGACUAUAUGGACGCGUCUCCAAGACCUGACUAUAUGAACGGCAGCUACACGCAUUCCUCACAGGACGUGACGGCUCCAACGACGCCGAAUUCGCGGUGCAGUUCGGUGACGCAGCUGGAUGAGUCACAGGGCGUCGCGGUGCCCAAGGCGGUCACCCCCGCAGCCAAUGGCAAUCCGGGAAACGCGAAGCCUGGAUACCCACUUCAACAACCUCCCCACCUAUUGCAGCAGAGUUUACACAGCUCUAGUGGGUAUCCAGGCCAUGAUUUACACACCACAUCAGGUGGACUACUAGGGGAGCCUAACAACAGGCUAGCCAACAACAACGGCACAACAUCAAACGCCAACAACAAUCAAAUGGAAAGUCAACAACAACAAAUUCAUUCAUGGAGUGCCAUGGAACAACAGCAAACCAACGACAAUCAGAACCAAAACAACUGGGCAGACAAUGAGCGCCGCAAGAGAGAGGAGAAAGCCAAUUUCAUGGAUGUAGAUGGAGGACAGGAGAUGUUCAGUAAUCAGCAGGAGAGGACAAACAUUAAUAACAGGAUAAAGACGAUGAUUUUGAAUAAGCAGCAACAGCAGCAACAUGGUGUCAACCAGUUUCAGAAUCAGCAGAAUCAGAAACAGCAGAACCAGCCUCAACCAUCUCCUCACAGUUUCCAGCAGCAACAGUCUCCACACCCGAUGCAACAGCCUUCCCCUCAUCCCAUGCAAAAUCCCUCACCAAUGCCUCAACAAUCUCCUCACCAUAUGCCUCAACAAUCCCCUCACCAUAUGCCUCAGCAGUCCCCUCACCACGCUCCUCAACAAUCUCCUCACACCCAUCUACCUCAGCAAUCUCCUCACCACAUGACGCAGCAGUCUCCACAUCCAUCUCCGCAUCAGAUGCCCCAUCAGUCUCCACAUCAUGGGUCGUCGCAGGGUCAGAAUCAGCUGCAGCAGCAGCAGAAUCAGUUGCAGCAACAGCAGCAGAAUCAACAGAACCAGCUGCAGCAACAGCAGAAUCAGUUGCAGCAACAACAGCAGAAUCAACAGAAUCAGUUGCAGCAACAGCAGAAUCAGUUGCAGCAACAACAGCAGAAUCAACAGAAUCAGUUGCAGCAACAACAGAAUCAAAUGCAACACCAGCAGAAUCAACAGAACCAGUUGCAACAACAGCAGAAUCAACAGAAUCAGUUGCAACAACAGCAACAGAAUCAGUUGCAGCAACAGCAACAGCAACAGAAUCAGUUGCAACAACAGCAGAGUCAACAGAACCAGUUGCAGCAACAGCAGAAUCAACAGAGCCAGUUGCAGCAACAGCAGAAUCAACAGAACCAGUUGCAGCAGCAACAACAGCAGAAUCAACAGAACCAGUUGCAACAGCAGCAGCAGCAGCAGCAACAACAGCAAAACCACGUGCAGAGUCAACAGCAGAACCAGUCCCUUCAUCAGAACCAGCAUCAGACCAAUCACAACCAUCAUAUGCAGCAGACUAAUCACAUGCAUCAGCCGCAGAUGAGUCCUAUGAAUGGCCAGAUGCGCAGGUCUAAUGAAGGAAUCCAAAACAAUCAGCAUGAAAACAACAGGAUGAUGCAACAGCAGCAACAAUUACAACAACAGCAGCAGCAACAACAACAGCAGUUGCAACAGCAGCAUCAGAACUUCAUCAACCAGCAGCAGCAACAAGAAAAAUUGUCCAAAGACCAAAACUAUCUCCAGACCGGGAAUUUUUUAGCACAAGGCCACCAUCCUCGGAAUUAUCUUUCUGAGGGUGGUGGCGUUUGGCCGUGGGGCCCUAACCAUCAUCAACACCAUCAGAUGGGUUCAGUGGAACCAGAAACCGGCAUUUCAGCAAUGGAAAGUUUUAUGCGAUAUGCAACAUCUAUGGACAAUGGUAAUGAGUUCAAAGCUAAUGAGAGAAGUUCGAAAAAUGCUACCCCUGUUUCACAGAACAACCCUGUAGCUACAGGUACACAAUCCCAAGCAACCAUGACUACAAAAUCACAAGGCAGUGGAACUUCCAAACAGGCUUCCCCCAAGACGCCGCCUGCGAGUAGGAAACACACCCCAUUGCCAUCACCUUGUGCGUCGCCUGCACCUGGUCUACAUUCUCCUUCAACAACCAUGCCUUCCACAUCAAAUGCGUGGCAACAUCAGUCAACAGGCAUGCCUCAUCCUGGCAUGCCACAAGGUGAACACACGCCAAAAACAAAGAAGGAGAAGAAUGUGCAGGAUAGACAUCAACAGGUGCAGAGCCAUCAACAUCAUCACAUGCAGUAUAAUGAUGGGGAUAAGUUUUAUGGGAAAAAUCAACACCAACAUAAUAUGGGGUAUCAUCAACAACAACAACAUCCUGGGAAUCAUCAGUAUGUUGAUAAUAAACCACCGAUCCACCAAAAUAUGAUCCCACCAUAUCAUGAUCCUCAUUAUCAGUUCAAGAACGAGAGUAAAGUUGGUGUGAGUGGUGGAGGGUUUUCAACCCAGCAACAAACCAUGACAACAAUGACGACAACAAAGCAACAACAAUCCGUGUUCAAUUCGUCAACAACACAGACCUGUUUCAACAACAAAGCCACACAGCAGGAUGAAGAUUUGAAGCCAACAAGGGCAGCACUGAAUAGUGCUGCAUACGGGUGGCAACAGGCCAAUACAUCCACGACUGUUACAACAACCAUGUCGAAUAGUUUGACUGAUAAAACCUUGCAAGUGGAUCUGGGAAGGUGUAGUGUUGCAGGUGUGAAAAUGGAGACAAACACGGUCUGGUCCAUGAAACAGGAGGGGGCGGCUUGGCCCAUAAAACAGGAGGGGAUGUGUCAGUGGGGCGGUGUUCCCAUGAAGGGUGGACCACAGAUGUGGAAGAUGGAGGAGAAAUGGAUGGGGCCCAAAAUGGUGGAGAAGAGUUCCCAGAGCACCGAAGUCCCCGAAUGUCCCCGUGUGAUGUACCCUCGUGUCCCCUUCGGCACAGAUCCUAGAAGUCAGUAUCUGGAUGGCGUGGUGAAACGGGAACAUCCAGGGUAUGUGUUCUGUGGUGAAGGUGGCCCCAACAACCUGGAGAAGAUGGAUGGAUCGUGGUGUUGUAGGAAGGGUGGAACUGAAGCUCCCUCGGCCGAGCACCUGAAGGAUGGUUGCUGUCAGGGCUUGCAGACCCUCGAUGAGGUGUUGGAGACCGGUGAGGACGGGAAGGACGGGAAGGCACCUAAACGAGAGACCAAUACGCCGGAUAGUGUGAGGAGUGGGGAGAGCGCGGUUGCUGCAGCUAGUGUGUCCACCAAGGAGUUUCAGGAUCAUCUGGAGAAGUUGAAAAAUAAUGUACGAACUGAGGUCCCAGACUGCAAUUGCUUCCCACCGGAUAAGUGUCCCCCGGAACCCGGGUCUUACUACACGCACUUGGGAGCUGCUUCGUCUUUGCCUGAUCUCAGACAAGAUUUGGAGGCCAGAACUGGGAUCAAAGGAAAUGCAGUUAGGAUUGAGAAGGUGGUUUACACAGGAAAAGAAGGCAAGACCGUUCCAGGCUGUCCGCUGGCCAAGUGGGUGAUACGGCGAGCCUCACUCGACGAGAAGCUGUUGGUGAUAGUGAAGCAUCGUCAAGGUCAUUCUUGCAGCACGGCUUGGAUAGUCGUCGUUUUAGUCGCCUGGGAAGGCGUGCCCGCUCAAGAUGCCAACUGUAUUUACGAUCUUCUAUGUCACAAACUCAACAAAUUCGGUCUGCCAACCACAAGACGCUGUGCCACAAACGAACCUCGGACAUGCGCGUGUCAGGGCCUCGACCCGGAGACUUGUGGCGCCUCGUUCAGUUUCGGCUGCUCAUGGUCCAUGUACUACAACGGCUGCAAGUACGCGCGCAGUAAGACUGUGCGAAAGUUUCGUCUCUCCGUCAGGUCUGAGGUGAGUGAUGCUGUUCUCGAUAACUUUCUUCCCAAGACUGUCUCUCAGAGAAAAUUGAGAAAGAUUGAAAAGACGGCUAAAACAAACAAGCAGAAGGCAAACGAACAACCAAAAAAGACGACAAACACUGGACAAUUACAAGAGACAACAACUGAUAAACAUGUGAACAAAAAGGAAUUGAUAGAAGCUGAGCAAGAAGUGGAAGAACGCAUGCAUACCUUGGCCACACUUCUAUCACCGUUAUACAGGACUUUGGCGCCCGAGGCGUUCAAAAACCAGACCCAGUUCGAACGCGAGGCGUCCGAAUGCCGGCUCGGUUUCAAGCCAGGGCGCCCCUUUUCCGGGGUCACCGCUUGCAUAGACUUCUGUGCGCAUGCGCAUAGGGACCUGCAUAAUAUGAACAACGGCUGCACUGUGGUGGUGACUCUCACCAAACACCGAGGCUUGUCGAAACCGGAUGACGAACAGCUUCACGUUCUGCCUCUCUACAUCAUGGACGAGUCGGACGAAUUCGGCAACAAGGAGGCCCAGGAAUCUAAAGUCAGAACAGGCGCUAUUGAAAAUUUGACAAAGUUUCCUUGUGAAGUGAAAGUUCGGUCAGUGCCGCUACAGCCUUGUCGGCGACAUGGAAAAAAGCGCAAAGAAGAUGAAGCCGAUACUGUAGUUGGCAAAACUGAUUCAAAAGCUCACAAAACUUCGGGGACAGAUGUUAACCAGCGUGGUGAUGCACAUAGCAUGAAUGCCAACUUGAUGGAAGGAGCCGAUCCACAGCUGCAGAGCUCUCAAGUUUCUUCGACAGUGCUAGAUAGUCCAGUGUCAAUGUACCAGCCGUGGAACUACGGUGGUGGGGGUGAGAUGGCUUGGGCCAACGCGGGGGGUCAGCCCCCUCAUCCUGGCUGGAGACCCCCCAACUGUGACAGGCCUCCAAAUUGGCCACCCAAUAUGCCUCAUAAUCCAGAAGGCUGGAACCCUGACUAUCCACAUCAAUUAGGACCCUACUCCAACAUGGCAGGCAUGCGCAGUGGUAUUGACAAAGUGGUACCAGACAGCACCACAAACACAAGCAACAACGUACCACCCACCUCCGUGAGCAGCACCACACUGGCGUCAGCUGAUCAGCAGAAGCUACAAUCAGCUGAUCAACAGAAGUUCCAAUCAGCUGAUCAGCAACAGAAGUUUCAAGCAGCAAGGGGUCAAUCCUCCCAGUGGCCAGUUGGAAGUCCUAACGGUCAGCAAUCACAGAGUGGAUCUCAAGGUCAAGGGUCACAAGGAUCACAGACGCCAUCUUGGAAUAGUGGUGGAGGAGAAAUAGGAGGAGGUCAAGGUCAAGAAGUGAAGGGGAAGGGAAGCGAAGAUAUGGGAGCAAUGAUUCAAUCCCCUCACCCUCCUCAAAGCCCAUUUUCAUCCCCUGCAAUGAGCCCCCAAAACAUGCCACCUCAUUCUCCCGUGCAUAACUUCCCCCACCACUCCCGUUCACAGCCCCCCACCUCCCCCUACCAUCCCGACUGGGCUUCCAACCCUGAUCAACAAUCAGAAGGUUCAUGGGAUUUCAACAGUCCGGGAACGCCUGGACCUUCACCGUUCAGGGUUCCCAAGGGACGUCCACUAUCCCGUUCCUCCAACCAUCACUCAAACCCUUCCACUCCCCAAUCUCCCACCUCUGAUAGUCCUCAACUACCUUCCCCUACGUUUCUCAAACCCUAUCCCCCCAACACCGAUGGGAAAGGUUCUGAGGGUGGUAGCAGCAACCCUGCAACUGAUCCUAACUACAGUCCCAAAGCUGGGGGUAGUGAUACAAAGUUCAACUACCAUCAACACCCCAAUUUGAACAUCAAAACAGAAGCUGGAACUGGUGAGAUGGGUGGAAAUAAAGGGAUGAUGUCUCCCAAUAAGAGUGAGGGUAAAGGCAGUAAAAUGCAGAAUCAGCAGUUCUACCCACAGCAACCAUCUCCACAAGGUGGACAACCACAAUACCCUGAAAGAUGGUAUCCCAAGGGUGGAAGUACCACCCCAGGGGAUGGUAGCUUUGGAGGACCAUCCAAGGUGAAACAAGAGCAUGGCACGUCAACUCCCCAACCAGCCUGGCAUGCUGCCGACAAUAAGCGACCCCCAGAGCAUCAUACUCCCCCUCAUUUUGGUCCUCCAGGACCGGAUCAUCAUCGGGGAUCAUAUGGAGGAGGUCCUCCCCAUCAUCCAUCAGCAGGGUAUCCUGUCUAUCCAGAUGCAAGCAAGGCUGUCUACCCGGGAUGGGGUGACUCUAAUGCGGGGUACAUGGAUCCCAGGGCGCAUUACCCUCCGCAGUACCAUCACCCUCCACCAGGGGCGCCACCGGUCGAGUUCAAUCCAUCAGCGCCACCGCAGUUCUAUGGCAAACGGGAGGACAUGCGGCCCUGCUACGCUGGAGGUGUUCCUUAUGGAUACCAGGGAAUGUCAGGGUUCCAAUUCCCACGGUGGGAUUUGUACAAUCCAACCGCCUUUUUCCCCAUGGUACCUGAGCCACCAAAGGCGGAGCCUCUCGGCGAGGUCACUGACUUCAUUGAGAACGAGGAGUGCUUUAAGGACGCACAGAUGGGCGGCGUAGCUAUUGCUCUGGGUCACGGAUCGGUGCUGUUCGAGUGCGCCAAACACGAGCUGCACUCCACCACCGCCCUGAAGCACCCCAACAGAACCAGCCCCACCCGGAUCUCCCUGGUGUUCUACCAACACCGCAAUCUGAACCGGGCCCGCCAUGGCUGGGAGGAGUGGGAGGAGAAGAUGCGGCUGCGGAAGCUGGGCAUCACUGCCACCACUUCCGGUCCGACCGGAAGCGGAAGUGAGUCGACCGGAAGCAUCACCACCACUUCCGCCGGAAGUGGGUCGCAGUUCAUGAUGCGCUCGCCCACCUACACGACUACCACUUGGACCACUCUGUUUCCGAUGCAUCCCUGCAUGGUGACCGGCCCCUAUCAGGAGGGAAGUGCAUGAGAUAAGGGGAAAGACUCCAAGAGUCUCGCAGAAAAUUUGAAUAACCACAAAUCAGCUUGCUGAAAGAUUAACCAACAAUAAUCUGUAAUAUUGUCAACAAUAUAAUAUUGUCAACCAACAAUAUUGUCUAUAUUGUCAACAAUAUUGUCAACCAACAAUAAGCUGUAUAUUGUCAAGAAUCGCUUCAUGUGUCCUAAAUCGUUUGAUACCGGCGCCACACUCUCGCCAAGUCAAGCGGCUCACUGUAAACAAACAUAUGAGCAUAGUAAAGACGAGCAGUGGAAUGGUAACCAUCCACACUCUCGCGCUCGCUCGUCGUCACUUGUCAAGAGCGUGGAUGCGGCAUGAGAUAAGCUAGUGCUAAUUUUUAAAUUCAGGAGGUUCAAGAUACCCAAGACACAUUUUAUUUAUUUAUUUAAUUGACAAUCACAAAUCAUAAUUAUAAUAUAAUAUGAUUGAGAGAAGUAGCCUAAUUUUAAUGGCCGUUUUGAAAUGUUCAAGAAUUAAUGCCCCGUGUAUUAGCAUACAUUAGCUCACGUAUGCUUGCUCUAUGAUUUUAGUCAGCGGUGUAACUCCAACAGUUCUAAAGUUGGCUACAUUGAAGAAAAAUCAUGAUGCUCAUGUUCGCGGCGCGUAAAUCUGUACGCACCUAAAGAUUUUCAUUACAUCUUUUUCACAUUACUCAACCUUUUAGAACCCACAAAGCUCUUAAAUCUCCCAGAAUCUGAUGAUUUUAAUCUAAUCAGUUGAUGGGACUCAAAGAGAGAUGUAUUCUAUUUUGAGGGAGAGAAUCUCAUCCAAAUACAUAGCUGUUUGACUGGUGAAUCUUUUUAAUCAAAUUAAGCAUUGAAUAGAUGCAUUCAUAUGCUGAAAAUUUCCUCUGUUGAGAAUUUGAGAAAACCUUUCAAGUGUGUCAUAUAGUCACAAAAAAUAUCACUCUGGUUGAAAAUCUUGAACCAAAUUAAUUUUCUACAAAAAUCCAGAUUUUAGGUUCUUUAAGCUUUAAAAUGACAAUGAACCAUUAGAUUCAUUAUAUUUAAGAUUUGAACAUGCUAAUCUAUUAACAGUCUAAAACUAAAAGUAGUAUCAUCAUAAUGUGACUGGAGAUUGAUCAAAUGAUAGCCAUCGGAAAAAGGAUGAAAAAAUGUGGAGGUACUAUCCAAGACUAUUAGAUUUUUCCAGAUUUACUAAAACUUUGAAAAUCACUGCCAUGAUACUCAUUCCAUCUCAAUCAUUCUUAACGAUUUUCAAUUAAUACUAACGAAAAAUUGAUUAAGUUAAUCUUAUAUAAUGUUGCUUCAAAACAAUUCAACUGAGUCUGCUAUAUUCUCAAUAAAUAAUAUAUUGUAAGAUUUCUGCACUGUUCUCCAUGUAACUUAUGAUGAUAAUAAUAUAUUACAGGGUAGAUGUAUUUAUAUACUCAUCAGUUGAUUUACGACAAAGCUAAUACGAGAUAAUAAAGUAUAGGAAAUUCAACGAUAUUGAAUAAGAUCUAAAAUGUGUUAAGAUGAAGCUUGAAGGACGUUUUUAGUUGUGAAUGUGAGGUGAAAAUUAAUUAAUCAUGGAAGUAAAAUGAACUUGCAGUUGAUUUAUAAAUGCUGUAGAUAUUACAAUCAUUUUUCAAGUAUAACUUAUUAUCUUACACCAUAAUAUAAACCAGUUUCAUAAUUUGAUUUAAAUACUUUUUUCAAAUAAUAUUGGAAAAUUGAUAAAAAAUACAGUACUUUUAUAGAGGCGAUGAUAAAAGUGUGAGAAAAUUGUAUUUAUAUUUUGUAAAACAUUCCUGUGCGUGGGUUAAUAAUAUUGAUAAUAUUGCAAGAGUUCUUUGAAGUUGAAUGAUAUGAAAAUAUUUAUUUUAAGUAAUAGUAUUGCAUAGUUGUAUAAAAAUAAUAACGGAGUGAAAAUAAUAUAUUUUUAAUAUUGUAUUUCAUAUCAUGAUAUUUAUUACAAUGAUAAUAGUAUUUACACUGUGAAAUUUGAAGAAAAUGUAAGGUCAUGUUGAUAAUAUAUAGCAUUAAGCAGAUAUAUGAUACGAUAUUUAUUGGAAAGUUAAUUGAUAGAGUCGCAAAGUUCAAAAAGUUUUAUUUUAGUAACUGAAAACAAGUUUAAAGUAGAUGAUUUAUUUUCUUUUUCAAUAUAUUAUGAUGAUUGUUGGAAUGAGAUAGUUAUUUUUUACAACCGUGUAGUCAAUAAUGUUCUUACAGUAGUUAAGAUUGCAGUUAUUUUCAUAAAAAAAAUGAGAGCAUCCCAAAACAGAUAGAUAUUGCAAGUUGAUGUUAUCAAAUAAAUUGUUUCAAUUUAUAUAUUUUGAAAAUACAUUCACUAGUAGAAGGUUAUUCAAAUUUACAUUGAUGUACUUUAGUAAUUUUUCCAAGUUCAACUUAAUUUUUUAGAAUUUUUUUACAUUUUUUAAUAGUUGGUUCUUCCAAAUUCAGUCAUUGUUAUGACUAUUUUAAAUAGGUAAACUAGUAUCACCAUAUAUAAUUAUCCAAGCUAUGAUAUCCUCAGUCAUUAUAACUACCCAAAUUGUUUCACCUACUAUCAAAUCUUUGUUCACAUUAUUCUCAUCAAUGGGAUGAUUUCAUACAUGAAUUUGAUUACUUGAAAAUUGAUCCUUUUCUUCAAUGAUAGUACAAACUCUUUUCUCAAUUUAUUGAAUUCCACACCUAUCCAAUCAGCAUAAUGCUAAAAAAAUUCCAAUAUGUUUAUUCUUCUUACAAUAAACUUGGAACUUUCCAUGAAGUAUUUUAGUUUUUCCUCUUGUAUUUUGAUCUAAAAACUUCAUGAUCUCAUACCAGUCACAUCUUUAUCAUUGUAAAUUCCAUUUUUUGAUUUCAUCUGAGUCAAUCUGCCCAUAUUUUUGUACCAACUGUGUUCGUAAUUUAUUAUUUAUGUCUGCUCAUUUUUCAAUGUACUUUUUGUAUGUCGUAUUUUAUCUUUAGUUGUGAAUUGUUCUUAGUUUGUAAUAGUUUUGAUUCAAUAUUUUAUAGGUAUAUAAUCCUAGUUCUAAGAAGUAUGAAUGAGAUGGAUGAAUGUUUGUAAUUACUAUUUAUUUAUUUGUCGUGAAUGUUGAUUUGUACGAGUGUGUCAGUUUUUCCUAGUUUAUGAAUGAAAUAAUUGUCGUUUUAAUAACUAUCAAUUGAAUUCAAAUGUUGAGCGCAUAAAUAAUAAUUAUGCAGCUGAUCUAUCAAUCAAAUAGAAGAAAAGUUUGCCAAAUUUUAUAAGAUUAACUGAAGUUUGAUUGUCAUUUAAGAGAUAUUUGCUUGAAGUUUUCUUAUUGACAAUCAGCUAUUGUGAAAAUUUAAUAAUGGAAUCUAUUCACUGAUAUUAUUAUUCACUUAGUAUGUAUGGAGGUAUUUUGCUACUCAGAAUCCAAUGAUAGUUGUAAUCUAAUGUAAAUAGACAUGAAUAUAACAAUGCUACAGUUUUUAUUCGCUCAACCAAAUUCUGUUUUAUUUUUUCAAUUAGGUUCUGAAGAGCCCAUUCUUCAAGUUAUUUCCAAAUACAAUGUAACAAAUUACAAAUAAUUUUGGUAACAUACUUCUAAAUAUUUUUAGGAAUAUUAGGUGAUGAAUAAUUAUCAUCUUCAAUUCUUUACCAGUUGUUAUUCAUCCACUUCACUUCAAAUCCCAGUAUUCAUUCAUAAAUACUUUACUACUUUCAUUGAUAUUGAGCCGCCAUUAAAUCGACUUUUGAAGAAACACUAGUUUGUAAGUAACUUGUAUAUUUUUUGAGUGAACCGUGUGCAUUAGUUGUAGUUAUUUAUUCACUUAGUUUGUAAAGUAAAUUAUCUCCCGACCCCAGUACUGACUAGGCUAGAUAAAUUAAAAUAUUCGAAACACUCCUGAAGCGUUGAACAUUUUUAUAUUGAACGAAAAAGUGAAUUGUGAGAUCGUGCAUUUUUAUAUUAGAAACAUGAACGCUUUGUCAAGCAAAAUUACGAGCUAUUUAUAUACAUUGUAACUGAUAAGGUACUCUAAUAAUUAUUGUAAAGUUUGUUAUAUUUUUGGUAACGUCUUGCUCACUGAGUAUUCUUCUCAAUGUACCGUGAACUGUAGAUAUUUACAAACUGGAUACAUUGUUUUAAAUCUACAAAAUAAUAAAUUCAUUAGUGGUGUACACAUAAUGUUAUCUGAGAAUUUCAAUAAAAUGUGAAACUUGUACCAAUUUACUGUAUACAAUCAAAAGAGCAAGGAUAAGGAUUCAAAAUGAUAGUUUUUCUAUUAAUCAAGAGCAGAUAGUUGAGUAAAAUAAUUAAAAUCAAGACAUAGAAUAUACUGUUGCAUACUGAAUUCAUGAUAAAGUAAGUCUUAUUAAGUAAUACUUGCCAAUUUUCAUGAAUAUUUUGAAACCCUUAAAUUCAUCACUGUUUAAUUUAUUCUCAUCUUCAAUUUAACUGAACUCCUUUACAUUGCACAAUAAUUUCAAUACCAAUUUUGAACAUGAUUUUUUAAAUUUCAAUCCACUAGGUAGUCUAAUUUGCCUCCCUUUGGAUUUUUGAAUGGAUUAAUCGUGAAUUAUUACGGAAAACAAAUAAGAAGUAAUUUACAAGAAUCUUUGAAUCCAUUGCUAUUGCCUCUUGCCUUGCUUGAAAACUAUGAGAAUUUUAUAGAAAAAUGCGCAAAAAUAACACAAAAAUUCCAAAUAUGAAGCAAUAUGUCUGUAAAAAUUAACAUUGAGUGAAACCUAAGCUAAUGUAUGAUUGUGUUUCGAUGAAAUUAAUGUAUGAGAGUUGAGAAUAUUGUGAUGAACGUUCAUUCUAAGUCAAAAUAGAACACAAACUGAAAAAUAACGUUUAUUGAGGUUAUCGGUAUUUAUACAAUACUCUGGUGAGCUUUCUAUCCAAAAUAUGAGUACAAAGUAGAUUUCAGAUCUCAAUAAAAAUUGAAAAAAUGUAAGUAACUCAACGCUUAUUUUAAUGUUAAAAAUCGUUCAUUACAUUAAAUCAUAAAAUGAAAUCUCAAAAGCAUAAUGUACAAACGAGGAUAGUUUUAGUAUGAAAACUGUAUUAUAAUCACUUCUAUUUAAUAUAGGCCACGAUGUGAAAGUGAAACAUUUUUACAUGAAUAAAUUAAGUUACAAUGCAACAUUCCACUUAGUUCAUCAUUUAACAAACUAAAUCUUGGAGUUUUACAUCACAACAUUGAUAUUUUUCGUUUGCUGAGAUUGUUAGCUCAUGACUAUUCCUUAUCUAAAUUUCAAUUGGAUAAUAAUUCCAACUCGGAAUUAUUAUCAUAAAACUGAAAUAUAUUGUCUGCUGAACAUUGAUUGGUCUAUUACACCCAAUCAAUUCAAGUUUGUGAUAAAAUAAUAAAGUUUUUACUAAAUUCUCGUUCCAAAACGGUCUUCCAAAGACUGUCCAAUGUGGUUUUCAGUCAUUGUAUACUUCCUCUAUGUAGUAAUGUAUCAUUAAUGUAAGUUCAUUUAUUCGAUAAGUUGUCACUACUCCUUUACAUUUUUGUGUUUAGUAAUACCUAUUUCUAUAAACUUGAAUGGUAAACCGGCCAAGUUCUGAGCAUUUGUUGUUGUUUGUAGAGCAAACCAAAGGGAAGAAAAAAUACUUUGAAAAAUGUGAAGUUUGUUUUUCAUCAAUGAGAUAAGAAUAAUCAUUACAACAGUAGAAUAAUCUCUUAAAUCAUAAGGACAGUAGUUUUUAAGUAGUAUGAGCAUUGUGUAGUCCCAUAAACAUGUCAUUGUUUUUAAUUGUGAAUAUAAAGUACUACUUAAAUUUGUGAAUAAA